AUGGACUUCCCAGGUCAUUUCCAGCAUAUUUUCAGUCAGCUCAACCACCAGCGCCUCCACGCUCAGCUCUGUGACUGUAUUGUGGUGGUCGGAGAUCAGACCUUUCGAGCUCACCGCUCUAUCCUGGCUGCCUGCAGCUCUCACUUCAGGGCUCUCAUCAGUUCCUGUGACAGUGCCGACGGAGGAUCAGAAGCAGACACAUCUGCUGGAAACAGAGAUCCCUGUGUGAUGGCGCUGGACCCAGAGGUUGUGACCCCCGAGGCCUUUUCAAUCCUCCUGGACAUGAUUUACACCUCAACUCUUUCUCUAGAAGCCUCCAGCGCCAUGGAUGUUUUGCUGGCCGCGUCACACUUGCAUCUCAACACUGUGGUCAAAGCCUGCAAGCUCCACCUUUCCAGGAAAAACUUCCCAACAUCAGCACCGAAGGGUUGGAGGUCGGUGAAGAAGCAGUGCCAGUGUCCGUGUUCGCAAGCAGCAGCCGGCUCCCAGCAGCUGAUCAUAUUAGACCUGGAUGAUGAAGAAGAGGGAGAGGAGGUGAGUCAGUCAGGCGGAGACAAAGAGAGCUGUGGGAGCAGAGAGCAGAGUCUGGAAACGUCUUUGAGACAGAAGAGAAAAUCAGAGGACAGGCCCAACGACAGGAAGAGAUUCCAUCGACUGCCUGGAGCAAACUAUAAGGAGCGUUCGCCUACUGUGACCAGGAGCACUGAGGAAAAAAGAGGAGAGGAGACAUCAUCCCAAGAUAGCCCCCCAAAAAGCAACGGAAUCUGGGGAAACCAAGGUUUCGAUGAAGACGAGGAGAAAUAUGAAGCAAUGAAAGGAGAGUCGGAGGAGGUCCAGCUGCCAACACAGUCAGACAGCACCACAGGAGGCACAUUGUGGGGGAAUAGUGAGGAUAUGGAUGGAAACCCAGUGGUCAAAGUAAAGGUGGGAAAAGAGGAGGAGGAGGAGGAGCUCAAAAUGCAAAUACUGGAGGUGAAGAAGGAAAACGUGAGCGCGUACUCCUCUGAUCCAGAAACGUUGCCAAACAAUUCCCUUCCAUCCCCCCUGCAUGACUGCACAAAUCAUACGGAUGUGCAUCUAAAUGAUGAGAAAGUGUCAAUGUGUGGACAUGCAGGAGGGGAUUUACCAUCCCUGCACACCGAUGGUCAGACAGAUGCACAAAGGCAGGUGGGGGAUUUGGGUGAAGUCUCAGUGGAUGGAGAAGGUCUGGAUAGCCUCUCUGAGCUUGCUUUUUCCUGCUUCCUCAAUCCCAGCAGUGAGAUGGACUCUCUGGAGGAGGAGGAGGAUAGUCUAGCCAGCCUCACAGCGGUCGCAACUGCGGCUGCAGCUGCCAGUGAUGCUCCGACGGCAGAUGAGCAGGAAGAGAAGUUGGAGGAAACAGGCGAGCCCUCAACCCAGCCCUCCGAUUCUUCAUCUCUGGUUUUUCCAGUCACAAACGUUCCCUUGCAGCAGUUUCUGCAGCCGACUCAAAACACAGGGUUUAGUGACACGAUCAUCCUCCAACCCACCCAGAACUCAUUCACGGGGUUCUUGAGUGGGAUCGGAUCAGGCCUCAGCCUGGAGAACGCUGUCGUUCAACCUGCAAGAUCCGGAAAGAGCUCUGGCACAACGUUUCGCCGCAUCGCUCCCAAAGUUCCUCCAGGGUCAGAGUCGGUCACCGAGCCAGCCGGGGAGGCGGCAGAUCGGCCCACCCUGACCAAAGCUUCAGAGGACGUUCUGUCCAAGUGUAAAAAAGCUGCUGCCGAGGACCAUGUGUUGCUGGUGGAGGGGGAGAAGAAAUACGCCUGCAAAAUCUGCUGCAAGACCUUCAUGAACUUGACCGACUGCAAGAAGCACAUUCGCGUCCACACGGGGGAAAAGCCGUAUCCUUGUCAGAAAUGUGGCAAGCGCUUCAGCCAGUCCUCCCACCUCUAUAAGCACUCGAAGAACACCUGCUUAAACUGGAAAGAGGGGCCGUCUUUCGCAGACACGCUGCUCUGA